AUUAAUUUAGCUGUCUGUCAAUCAAUGAACACCACCAAGGCUCUCAGUGGUGUUUAAAAGUGAAUCCUGUUUGUUUCUAAAUGAUCAAUCAUGGAUGAAGAUUCAGCAUUGGAUGACCCAAUUGCAAAUGUACCAGGCCCAUCCUACCUCUCCUCCUUGAGCCAACCGGAGAAGGACGUCGGGAAAGAUCUGGAUCUCAGCUUCCUGCCGGAAGAGACCAGUGGAAAUGAUGCUUCUAAUGCUAAUGUGACACAAGACAGUGGCGUCUUCGAUGCCUGUAGGCAAGAGGAGUCUGCUGAGACUGACCCUAAAAAGGUGGCCAUGCCGGGAGCCUCUACCUUCUGUCCCAUGACACCUGUGAUCCCAGUGGCUGAGAGUUCUGGAAUCAUCCCCAUGUUACAGAAUAUUGUAUCCACAGUGAAUCUGGCCUGCCCACUGGACCUGAAGUCCAUUGCUCUACAAGCCAGAAAUGCGGAGUACAACCCCAAGCGUUUUGAUGCUGUCAUUAUGAGAAUACUGGAGCCUAGGACCACAGCGCUCAUCUUCAGCUCUGGAAAGAUGGUCUGCACAGGAGCCAAGAGUGAGGAGCUGUGUCACUUAGCUACCCGCAAGUUUGCUCGAGUGGUGCAGAAGCUGGGCUUUCCUGCCAAAUUCCUAGACUUCAAGAUUCAUAACAUGGUGGCGAGCUGUGAUGUCUGCUUCCCCAUCCGACUGGAGGGUCUGUUGCUGGAUCAUCAGCAGUUCAGCAGUUAUGUGCCAGAACUGUUUCCUGGUUUGAUCUAUCGCAUGGUGAAACCACGUAUUGUGUUAAUGAUCUUUGUGUCUGGAAAAGUGGUCCUGACAGGAGCUAAAGAACGUAGAGAAAUCUAUGACGCCUUUGAGAACAUAUACCCCAUUCUGAAGGGAUUCAGAAAGCAAUGAAGUGCCUUCGCUGAUUUUUGUGAAGACUAUGAAAGCAUUUGAUGCACUUAAUCUUCAUGUGUGUAAAAUACAUGCGUCCUAAAAUUGUUUAAUUUUGUGUUGCACUUCUGGAGUGUUAAAUAAAAGUGUGUAGAUGA